AUGCGAACUUAUAUAAUUGUUCCUAGACAUUUUUACGUAAAACGUACAAAGAUUAUAGAAUAUUUGCUCAAAUUUAAUUCACGUGUUGUAAACGAAUCACACAGAAGUGUAUUAUGUUGACGGAAGUCUACACGAUCGACCAAUCACGCUCCCAUUACUCUUUACGUCAUUUGACAGGUAGCGUAACUAGGAAGUAAACAUCUAACGCUAUAAUGGCAAGAAAGUCGUCCAAAUUAAGCCCCUACUCAAAUAUGUUACUAAAUUUCGUUUUAUAUAGUAUUUUUUAUGAAUUCGCCUUCGCCUUUCCGUCAUAUCCCGAAUCCAGACAGUCAGAAAGUUUGGAGAAACCCACCUCAACACCAAACAAUCAACAGGUUCUAAGUCUGCAUUUAGGAGUUAUCGCGUCUGUUGUGAUCGUUAUUGUUGCUGCAGUAGCAGCUGCUGUAUUCAUCAUACGGAGUUACUGCUGUCUGCAGAGUAAUGUAACAUAUAGAUAUUCAGAGCUGCGACAAAUGGAAGCGGAAAAUGCAGCCAGAGAAGAGGACGAUGGUUCAGAUGAGGACCUUUUGGAGUGAAUCGUGCAGCACAAUUUAUCCCUGACGUUUCUCUUCCUUUUUUAAUCCUGUGACAUUAUAUGGCCAAAAGCAUCACAUGGGUCAUUUAAAAACCACCAAGAGUCCCUGAAAUAUUUAUCUCUGUUCCACCAUUUUUCAGCACGGAUAUGUCCACCAACCAGUUAAAAUUAGCUGGUUUAAUCUGGCAGGAUUCAAAGGCUAAAAUCUCCUACUUGAAAGAGCUGUGGGGAAGCGGUUCAGAAAUACUAAAAGAUGCUCAUUGGAGAUAAAAGUUACUAUGAUUUAUUUGCAGGCAAAUAACUUAUGAAACUAGCUGUUAUGGUUGUCGGUUGUGGUGACCAUUGCUUAAAACUUGGUCAAUACUUGGAACUACUUUUUAAAGAAGAACUUGUUUAGUAUUUUCUUGAAUUUCUCAAUGCAAGGUACGUUGUACCAAAGUCGGUUGAAAUGAUUGUUCCUCUAUUUAUUGUGCCUGACCUUUUCUUUUAAAAAACAGCUUUAUGAUCUCAGGGUUGUUCCCACUGGAUACUGUGAGCAGUGCCACCAAUACCAGAAGCACAUCUGAAAUAGCAUUUGACUGUAAACAAGUCUUAUCCACUGUAAUGAUGCUGCAGACUUUGCAUUUCAGUGCCUUACUGAAAUCUGUUACUGUAUAAUUUAACUCUUGUGGUAUUUUGAACAAUAAUAUGCACUCAUAUGUCAGUAUUGAUAUUUAUAGUGGCAGUGUUUGACUUCACCUCUAUUUUAAGAUGACAAUGUUGAUACAGAAUUAUUAUGUGCAGUCCAGAGCUCCACAACAGUGUUUUUAUGAGCUCAGUCCGUGAUGGGAAGUAUUUUUGAUGGAUGCUAAUUGAAUUCUGUAUCUUUAGAUUUUCAUAUGUUUGCACCUUCUUUUCUGAGACUGAACUACUGACUACUUAAAAAAAAUAGUUAAUUUAACUGAGAAGGAAUAAAAUUAUGUACAUGAAUAUUCCUUGUAUGUUUGAUGAACAUGCUUACAUUUUUCUCACAGUUAGCCAUAAGAGGGCAGCACACAACUAAAAUCUUUUUGCAUGGAAUAACUUAUCUGUCUAGUUAACAAGUUAGGUUAGGUGAGGUUAGACUGGUUUGAAUUCAAUGUUGCAAAUUUACCACACCUUAAGGUAGAGCCUGUCAGGUCAGGUUUCAGGGAGCACCAGACUCCAGGGAACUUUCAAACAGGUAAAAACUCAAAAGUAACAAGGGGAAAAAAAACUAAACAUUUCUUGUGAUUCUAGGCAGUUGCAUUUUAAAUAAUUUUACUAUAUUGCAUCAGGCAUGUGAGAAUCCCAGAAGAUUAUUUUGGGCUACCAAAAAUGAGACUUAAAGAAUAUGAAGUUAGGGAUUUUGUGACCGACUGUGACAAUCCAGGUCUGUUUAAGUCUCAUUUUGGUUGCUGUCCACAUAAACACUGCCCUGUCGACCACUUCCCCUUCCACCUUCACAGCGGUGUAGCCAAUGUGGUGGCUGCAAAAAUCUGCUUUAACAAUCAAAUCAUAAUGGGCGGCAUCAGGAAUAAUGCAGGACCAGGGCUAAACAUUGUGUUAGCAAACGGUGAAACCGGUGAGGUUUUAAGAAGUAAGAGCUUUAAUCUGGAAUCUAAAGAUCCCGAGGAAUUACUUGCCUAUCUAAAGACACAAAAGCCAGGAAAUAUAGUGCUUGUGGCCUCAUACAUUGACCCUACACCAAAGCUGACUGAUGAGAUUAGAGAUAUAUUCAGUGCACUGGGCAGCACGAUGGUCAAAUCCCUGAAGCCCAGAGAUAGCUGGGUAUUCGCAGGCGCCUAUGGAAUAAAGCGAGCUAGUCCUUUUGAAAAGUUAAUACAAAAUGAUAUGAGGAACAACGCAUACGAAGACUGGCCAGAGAUGGGGGAGGUCAUUGGCUGCUUUCCCAGAAUAUCUGAAAUGAAUAAGCCACAUUAGCCAACCUCAUAUCACCACGUUUGGGACAUUUGAAAAUAGGACAUUAACAACACUGUACCAUUUUUGCUCUCUUCCCUCCCUAAGAAAAUAAAACUGAGGAAAUAGUU